ACUAUGCAAUUACUUCAAUAAUUGAGUUGCUCCGAGCAAUAAGCAUGUUCAAAACAGUGUAUCAAAACGGAAAUGAAAAGAUCAAUUGUAAUAUUCAAGGAUGCUCUUUUUUAUAACACCAUUACGUGUGUACUUUGGGAAGUCUCACAGACUGUUUCAUAUAAAUUUGUAAAUUAACUGGAAUCGGCGGUCAGAAACUAUCGGCGCUUCGAAGCUGUAACAUGUUUCGUUCGCGUUAUGCCAUCGCAUUUUUGCUUGCGAUUACGUCGCGAGGAUACGCGGAUACUACAAGCAAAGAUGCAAGCUGCGAUAGUCCGGACAAGUAUUGCGAGAACAUUUGGUAUUGCAAGGAUGGUUCCUAUCCGGACAAGUACACAGCCUGCGGCCACGAUGGAUUGGUGGCUCGAGUGUGUUGCGAUCCAACGUACAAACCGACGAAAAGUAGAAAAUAUUGCGAAACGUUUUUCAAGAAGAUGGAAAUUGACGAAUAUGGGAACAGAGAUUACUCGUCAAUUAUACCGGUACGCAGCAUUUUGACGGAAAACAAUCCGCACGUGGCGGCUUUGGGACAUCGAAAUGGUUCGAAUACUGAGUGGGUGUGCGCGGGUAGUUUGAUUAGUAACACAUUCAUCUUGACAGCAGCUCAAUGUUUAAAUCGUAACGUUAAUAUUGUACGUCUCGGAGAUUUGGAUUUGAAUAGGGAUGAUGAUCAGGUUGAACCUCAGGAGUACGGAGUCCUGAGGACCAUCGUCCAUCCUGAAUAUAAAGCUCCUGCAAUUUACAAUGAUAUUGGUUUGAUUGAGUUGAAUGAUACGGUUCGAAUAACGAAGUUCGUAAAACCUGCAUGCCUCGACGACGACGAUCAACUCAGAGAACCCACGUGGGAAGAAACUGGCUUCAAUAAACCUGACAAGAAAGAAGUCAUGGCUUCGGUUUAUUUGUUUCAAGUUCAAAAACCUGAAUGCGAGAAGUAUUUAGAUACAAAGAGAUAUGCGAACUUGGCUCCUAAAGGUCUCGAUAAAACGCAACUCUGUGCGUCCAAUCGUGAUUACAGAUUCGAUUGUCAAACUGAUAUCGGAGGGCCUUUACAUCAUUUGGACUUCAACUACGUCAAUGGCAAAUUUAUUAUUGGAGUUAUUUCGUUUCCAAAACCUUGCAACAAUGGGACAGAUCCUGGAAUUUAUACUAGAGUAAACGAAUAUGCUCCAUGGAUAGAAUCCAUCGUGUUUCCCAAUUAGAUGAUCCACAAAUCUUUCAAUGAAUUAUAACUUUAUAAUUAUUGAAUAUUUACUACAACAGGCAUCUCAUAAUCAUUAUAAUCUACUUGAAAAUCUAUAUGUGAAACAUAAUAGAAUAAAUUAAAUAAAAAAGUAGC